UCCCCUGCUAGUAGCGCGUAUGUAUGCCGGAGGAAGUAGCAUGGUGAUUGUUGUUAGAUUUCAGCUCGCGAACGCCGCCGAACCCCCACCCCUCGAGGAGCUUUGGGGUGUUCUUCGGAUUUGCUGUUAGGCUGCAGUUAGCAGGGAGCUGUGUGCUCCCUGCAGCUGCAGAUUAAGGGGGUACGGGAGGGGGGAGAAGUGAAUCAAGGGCUUGAGCGGCGUGAACGGGGCGUGCAUCUGGCACCCUGCUGAGCCCCAGGACAUUUCAUCCUUCGCCACCAUCGUCUCGAGAAAGAGGGAGAUCUCUUUGGAAACAUGGAGCUGCUGUGCUGCGAGGUGGAUCCCAUGAGGAGAGCUCUGCCUGACCCAAACUUGCUCUACGAUGACCGCGUUUUGCACAACUUAUUAACCAUAGAGGAGAGGUAUCUGCCCCAGUGCUCCUACUUCAAAUGCGUCCAGAAGGACAUCCAGCCCUUCAUGAGGAGGAUGGUGGCCACUUGGAUGCUGGAGGUCUGUGAAGAGCAGAAGUGUGAAGAAGAAGUUUUCCCUCUGGCCAUGAAUUACUUGGACAGAUUCUUAGCUGUGGUGCCCACUCGAAAGUGCCAUCUGCAGCUGCUGGGCGCAGUGUGCAUGUUCCUGGCCUCGAAGCUGAAAGAGACAAUCCCCCUCACAGCCGAGAAACUGUGCAUAUACACGGACAAUUCCAUCAAACCCCAAGAGCUGCUGGAAUGGGAGCUGGUGGUGCUGGGGAAGUUGAAGUGGAACCUUGCAGCCGUCACCCCGCACGAUUUCACUGAACACAUCCUAAGGAAGCUGCCUCUGCCUAAAGACAAGUUGCUUUUGAUCCGGAAGCAUGCGCAAACGUUCAUUGCUGUUUGUGCCACAGAUUUUAACUUUGCCCUGUACCCACCAUCAAUGAUAGCAACUGGAAGUGUGGGAGCAGCCAUCUGUGGCCUUCAGCUCGAUGAUGGGGACAGCCUCACAGACCUCCUGGCCAAGAUCACAAACACAGAUGUGGACUGCCUUAAAGCUUGUCAAGAACAGAUCGAGGCGGUGCUAGUAAACAGCCUUAGGCAAGUUCGGCAGCAGCAACAGCAAAGCAACCCCUCUAAGACGGUGGACGAACUGGACCAGGCCAGCACUCCCACAGAUGUGAGAGAUAUCAACCUGUGAGGACAUCAGCACAGAAAGUCACGCUUGCUCCCCCCGCCCUUUUAUUUUUGUUACUAUUUUUAGAGUGAAAUCUUCUUUUUUUUUUUUUUUUUUUUUUAAUCUGCUCCCACAUAGAACGUAUUUAAAGCUCUUUUAGGUAAAAAAAAUACAAAAACUGAAUAAUGAAAAAAAAAGCAUUUGGUGCCUGUGAUGUUCUACAGAAGGGAAUCCCACAAUAUAUUUGGUAAUUGCUAUUUGAUUAUGUAUCAGUGAUAUUAAAUGCUUAUGAAAGCAUACAAAGUAGCUAGAUAAAUAUAAGCCUGCGUUUGUGGGAACAAAGUAGAGUAUACUUGUCUGUGUAUUAUGACCUAGUGCAUACACCCCUUUUUUAGAUUUAAGAAAGGAAUCGUGUGUGCGAUUUUACGGCUUGACUAGAUUGCAAAGCAAUAGAAUAAAGGGUUUAGGGCAAAGUGGGAAAAGAUCCCUGAAGCAAUUGAACCAUGUUGAGUGCAGAAGAGAUUUGCUGAUCUGUCACCUCUGUUAUUAGUCAGAAGUGUUUGUUGGAUCUCUGUAUGUUAGUUUUGUUUACUCUUGCUGUCUGUGGUAGCUGCUACCUAAGAAAGAAGAUGCUUUAUUUUGCCAGCUGGAAGAGCAGGUGUUUUUUUUUCUUUGGUGUUUUUUUUUUUGUUUUGUUUUCUUUGGUUGGUUGGUUGGUUUUGGGUUGGUUUGGUUUUGUUUUGUUUUGUUUUCAAAUUCCCCUCUCCCCUCUUGACUUUUUCUACUUUUCCUUUAGAAAUGGUUCAUUCUAAGCACAGCAGCAUCUUUGGCAUAAGGGCAAUCCCGUUUACCCAGCUGUGGGCCAAGCCAAAGUUAUUGAGUGUUCAUGUUAGAUGGGGGAAAUGCACCAAUUAAUUCUGACCAGUUCGCUAAUCAGACUGCCUCUGACCUUUGGAUUGCAAGAUGUGGUGGAUCAUCUGUGAAAAGCAUUAUAGUCCUUUACAGCGCUAAUGCUUCACAUCAGUGUUAACCUUUGGCAGCUCCUUAGCUUGGCCAUAAAGACAUUUAAAUGACACUCUGUCCAUCUUCCUUUUUAACAUAUCCUCACUGUGUUAAAGAAGAUGAGAUUUUAUUUGAUCCCUCUUCUACCUGCCCAUCUUCCCCCACCGCCCCUACACACUUUUCAGCAUUUCAUUAACUUUAUUGAUCCACAGUGAGCAUUUUUGUAAACCAUUUCAUUCGAAAAGCACUUUGAAAAUUGUUCCUAAGGGAUUAAAUGAGAUGGUUUAUGACGAUUUUGCCGAGGAAAAAAAAAAAAAAGAAAAAAAAAAAGGAAAAAAAAUAAGAAGUCACAAAAGCAAAGCAUAUAGCUUUUCAUAGUCAAUAUUUUCCAGUAUCUGGUGUACUUGGUUAGUUGCAGUGUUGCUGGAAAUACCAACACCUGCUUCAGAUGACAUUCCUGUCAUGACAUUCCGGAUAAAAGCCCGAUGAUUUGUAUUGUUCAGUGUCACAGAAGGAUCUUAAUACCACCUGCAUGCUUACCUAUGGACAACAAAAGAAAAUUGCUGGUGCAAAAGACACGAGUGGUAAACAUCAAGGUGUGUGACUUGGAGUUUUAUUGCAAAGGUGUAUUCAUUGUACUUGAAUUUAUUUUUCUGCUCCAUCUGUAACGAAGAGGCAUUUAGAAGGCAAAGGAGUUGGAGCAACUUUUUUUUUUUUUUUGCACAAUUGUAUUAACAGUUUGCAAUUACACAGUAUGAAGCUGUUGGUUGAAAUGUUAAUGUUUGCAUUUUUAAGACAAAAAUCCAGAAAGAACAUGCUACUUUGAAGAAUAUUAUAUGAAUGGACUCAGCCGUAUUUGGCUAGAUGAGGGUAGAAAAUGGAUUAAGAUUCUAAGGUUUUGUUGGGGUUUUUUGUUUUUGUUUUUUUGGGGGGAGGGGUGUUUUGUUUUGAUUUUGGUUUUGUUUUUUUUUUUUGCGCUGCUAAGAAGCUAUGAUUUGUUUCAUUCUUAUUCACAUUAACAGUACUUAGCUGUAUUGUUUCACUGAGUGUGCUGCUAUUUUAUAAACAUUUUUAUAAUAUAUUAUUUUACUGCUUAAAUUUCAAAUCCUGAAGUAGAUGGUUAAGUGGAGAUAUGAUGAGUUCUUUGAUUUACUGGAAAUGCCCUGUACAGUUGUUCGGUUUUUUUUUUUCCUAAUAGCGUGUUCAUGAUUAUUUUUUUUAUUUUAUCUUUUUCCUUCUUUCGUUCUUUCUUUUUUUUUUUCUUCCUUCUCAAUCACAUCCUGCAAAGACGGUAUACUUACCUCAGGUUUACUGGACAAAACAGAAAUGGUUCCCAUUUUCACAAUACCUCACAACGUGACAGUUUGGUUUUUCCCCGGGGCCCGUGCUCCGGCCACACCGGGGAGAGUUUGCAGGCAGCCGGGGCGCUGGCUCCGUUUCGGUCUUCGGUAUCCUACUCAUAGUGGAAAAAAUGCAUUGAUUCUCUGCCAGAGCUGGUCUGGGACAUCCUUAUUCCCAAAAACUGGUGUUGGGGACAGCCUUGUUCUCACCACCGUGACCUCCCACCUUGAUGUUCCAUGUUGGGAGCACCUGAAGUUCAGCGAUGGUGUCUCUCCUGGAGGAAAAAAAAAUUGUUAAUUUUGUGGAAGCGAGAUUUAGGAGCCACAUGCAGCGCAUAAAUGAGAGGUCAGAUCAUUCCCUGACAGCCUUUCUGCAUGAGCAAACGUGGUUUCACAGGGGAGCGGGCAGGUGGUCCCCAAGACAGCGGGAUGGCCUCAGCACGCUGGGCACCGUAUCCAUCCCAUGUGCAUGGUUUGCUCCCCUCCAUGCUGCAGGUGAAGAAUAGGCAGGAGUAGGAUUUAGGGUGCAUUCCCCUGCUCUCCGUCCCACCUCCUGUGGUGUCCUGGUCCCAGGCAGGGGUCCCCUCUGCAGUAUUGUCCCCUUGGGGCUCCAAAGCACUGGUGGGAAGUGGAGUGAGGUCCGGCAUCAAGGUCAGCCCCUCGCACGUUGGUCAGAGGGGCGAAGAAGGGGAGUUGCUGCACCCUUGGGGUUUGGCAGCCCCAGUCCCUCGCAGGGACCCAGCAGGUGUGCGUGGGUCACCACUGGGGGCACGAGUGUCCAGCUGCAGUGACAUACUCAAAAAAAUACCAACCGUCUGGUUGCACCCAGGAGUGUACUGUAUUUGAAGUCUGAAAAACCUACAAUUUGGGCAUUUUCACAGUAGCAUUCGAAAUUAAAAUACUGCCUAGUACUUCUUUUUAACAUUAAAAAAAAAUGGAUACUAUUAUUGAAAAUGAUUUUUUCCCUGGAUUGCAGAAAUCAUAAAUCUUCCUGUUGAUGAAUAAAAAAAAAUACAUUGCUGAUUACACUUCCGCAAGUGCCAAAGGAUUGGCACAAUUGCUAAAAGCAUUUAUCUCAGCUUCCUAUUGAUGGUACUUUAAUGAUCUUGCCCUCCCUCCCAUUACUGUAGUGUAGGAGCACCUCAUAAUCAAUUUAUUUAUAUUCCCAACAUGCUUGUGAAAGAGAAAAAUACUAUUAAUCCCAUUUCAAUGUUGAUGAUUUAUGCUUGAAUAAUCGGACAGUUCUACAUUACUCAGCAAACUACCUGGCCACUGGAUUUUUUCCACUAUGUUUUAUUACCAUGUUCUCAUGUACCUCAGAAAUCACUCUCGGUUGCACAGUUUCUGUUCUCAAACUUUUUUUUUUUUGUUUUGCUUUAUCGAGUGUGAUGCCAUAUCAAGUCAACGUUAUUCUCUCACAAUGUGCUCUUUAAGAGGUGUGGAUGUUUAUAUGGUCAGGGGAUGCUAGAAAGUGCAGUAGUAGACAUGAUCAGUGUAAACAAAAGUAUUUAGAAAGUAUGCGAGAGUGUUUUCGAUGGAUAAGACUCUGGUACAGUGUAGUCUCGAUUACCUUUUAAAAGGUCUUCUGUGUUCAGUGUUGUCAUUUUUAUUAAUAAUCUGUUGUUUUGACUAGUUUAAAGAUGGUUCUAAGAAAAGUGUUUUGGCGGGACUAGGUAUGCUGUAUGGACAAUAAACUCACCUUGACCUAAA